UGAGCUGGCGGAUUGAGUAAUACGCUGACAAGUAGGAAGUGCUAUACACCUGGAUCAGCAGGAACGGGACAGGGACGGGGCGGAAACGGGGAGAACGCGGCGGCUCCGGCGGCUCUCCGGAACAGUACGCGACGGUCCGCGGCGUUCCAGUGGUGCAGCGAUCCACGUGUUUGAACCAUAUCUGGGGGUCUCUGGUUGGCACAGCGUUGGUGGGAGACAUUUGCAUGAAGAGAGGAAGAACAUCGGCCUGGUGUGUCUCCGAGGCUUCCGGACAGUCCCACGGGUGAUCAGGCACCUCUCUUACUCCAGGGGCGAUUGGAUUUGGAACAGCGGGUGGGGGAGCCAUGGCAGAUGCCCCGAAUGAGCCGCAGGGGUCGGCUCUGCUCAGUAGUCAGAGCCCGGCCGCCUGGAAGAUGAGCAAGCGUCAGCUCAUCCCAAAGAACCUGGCAGUGACCAGCCGACCGAGGCCCCGACAUCAUACCACCGUGGUCACCCUGCCCGUGGUACGGGAGGACCAGCCCACCCCCGCGCUGCCCCAGGUGUCCUGGGAGGACUACGACAGCGACGGCGAGGGCGUCGGCUUCCGCAGAAACCGCCGGAACAUGUCAUACCGCGUGGCAGUCGCCGCUCCCCCUGAUAGUGCGCCGCUGCCCUUGUCCACGCAGAAGCCCAUGGGUGAGGGGGGGGGCACAGGAUCCCAGCCUCUGUCCAGCCAAGAAAGUGAUAAGAAAACAUUAAGAAGGAAAUCCAACCAAAGGAAAGGAGGAUCCUUCAAAGAUGACCCCCCCAGGCUGUACCAAGAGAUCCGAGAGAGAGGUCUCCACUCAGAGGGGCAGAGUGGGGACUCGGAGCCCACGGAUGAGCAACCCGAGCGGGACAUCGUGGUCAAGAGCUACCGGCCCACGCAGCUCACCUGGAGUCAGCUUCCGCAGGUGCAGGACAUCCUUCAUUCCAUCGGGGCGGAGCAGCGAAAACGGCAGGAGGCCAUGUUUGAGAUCAUCACCUCUGAGUUCUCCUACCAGCACAGCCUGAGCAUCCUGGUGCGUCAUUUCAAGAACAACAAGGAACUGAAGGGCACCAUGACGCAGACUGAGCACCACCACCUCUUCUCCAACAUCUCUGUCAUCCAGGCCAUCAGCCAGCGGUUCUUCGAAGAACUGGACAGACGGCACCAGGAGAACCCUGUAAUCAGGGACAUUAGUGACAUUGUGCAAACACAUGCCACCCACCACUUCCAGCCGUACAUCAUCUACUGCUCCAAUGAGACCUUCCAGCAGAGGACACUGCAGAAGCUGCUUGCAAGCAACACAACAUUCAAAGAGGUGCUGAAGCGGAUAGAGAGCAGUGCGGAGUGUGGAGGCCUGCCCAUCAUCUCCUUCCUGAUCCUCCCCAUGCAGCGAGUCACCCGUCUGCCACUACUCUUGGACACCAUAUGCCAGAAGACUCCUGAGAAGACGUUUGAACAUGGGUCUGCUAUGUUUGCACUAAAGACCAUAAGCAAGCUGGUGAAGAAGUGCAAUGACGGCGCCCGAACCAUGGAGAGAACAGAGCAGAUGUACACCAUUCAGAAGCACAUGGACUUUGGGAAGAUCAAGCCUUUCCCCCUGAUUUCCGCCUCACGUUGGCUGCUCAAACGUGGGGAGCUGCUUGUCUGCACUGAGGAGCUCAGCAUCUUCUGGAAGCCGUACAAGAGCCACAAGAGUUUCCACCUGCUCCUGUUCAGUGAUGUACUCAUCGUCACGCGGAAGAAGAGUGAAGAAAGCUUCACUGUGAUCGACUACGCCACUAUGGACAACGUGGAGGUAGAGCUGGACUGCUCCGACAAGCAGCCGUCUCAGUCGUCCAAGACGGGCAGCAGUAGCCUCUUCCCUCUGAAGCUGGUUAUGAAGAAGAACAGCGAGGGACGCACCGAGCAGAUCGCCUUGGCGGCCGAGUCUCAGAUUGAUCGCGCUCGUUGGGUGACAGCUCUGCGUAAACGAAAACAAACAGACCCCACUUCCAGUCUGACGCAGUGUGAGGUGAACAAGGCCUACAUGCCCAAGGAGUCCGACGAGCUCGGUCUGCAGCAGGCUGAGGUUGUGCUCAUCCUCCAGAGGGAGGACGGCUGGUACUAUGGGGAACGCAUGCGUGAUGGAGAGAAAGGCUGGUUUCCUGCGAGCUACACCACAGAGAUCACAGAUUGCGUGGUUGCAGAGAACAACAUGCGGCGCAUGCGCAGGUUGCGCGAGACCAACGUGUGACCCACCUCCCCCACCAGGAUCAGUUAGUCACAUCGCACUCCUAGACAGACCACCCAUCUACAGACCACCAUCAGUCUGGCCCUGGCUGCAGGAGGCUAGGGACUAAAAAAAUGGAUAAUUGUGAAAAGGCUACUGAAUGGUUUUUUGUUUUGUUUUUUUUAAUGUACAGAAAAGUAAAUUAAUAGCAGAUCGAACAAUAUUUUAUGUGUUGUAAUGGUCAAAGAUCCUGGGCCAACAUUUCAUUGGAAUUUGGAUGAACUGUGUAACAACUGUGAACUUCUUUCAUAGAUGUAAUUGUUGAUGAACUUUCUUUAAAUGUGGUACUUUUAAUCUGACCGUAUUUUGUGUCAACUUCCCGUCAGUAAGAUUUAUGGCUAUCACUCAUAAUAAAAAUGUUGAUAUACGA